AGGGAGGCUGAGAGAAGGGACAGCUGUGGCAAGCUGGUUUCUCCCAAGUGGAAGAAUUUCAAAGGCCUCAAGCUGCUGUGCCGGGACAAGAUCCGCCUCAACAACGCCAUCUGGAGGGCCUGGUAUAUCCAGUAUGUGGAGCGGAGGAAGAGCCCCGUGUGUGGCUUCGUGACCCCCCUGCAGGGGCCUGAGGCUGAUGAGCACCGGAAACCGGAGGCCGUCGUCUUGGAGGGGAAUUACUGGAAGCGGCGCAUCGAGGUGGUGAUGCGCGAGUACCAUAAGUGGCGCAUCUACUACAAGAAGCGGCUCCGUAAGUCCAGCAGGGAAGGGGAUCUCCUGGCCCCAAAGCAGGGGGAAGGCGGGUGGCAGCCACCGGAGCGAUGGUGCGAGCAGCUCUUCACCAGCGUGGUGCCCGUCCUGCUGGCGGGCCCAGAGGAGGAGACCGGCGGGCGGCAGCUUCUGGAUCUCGAUUGCUUUCUGUCCGACAUCUCCGACACACUCUUCACCAUGACUCAGCCUGGCCCUACACCCCUGCAGCUGCCCCCCGAGGACGCCUAUGUCGGCAACGCUGACAUGAUCCAGCCGGACCUGACGCCUCUGCAGCCCAGCCUGGAUGACUUCAUGGAGAUCUCAGAUUUCUUCACCAACUACCGCCCUCCACCGACGCCUACACCCUCAAGCUUCCUGGAGCCCCCCAGCUUCGGCCCCAUGGCUGACCCUGUCCUCAGCAGUGGGAUCCUGGGCUCGGAGGUGCCCUCUGCCUGCUCGGGCAUGACCCACCUCUCGGGACAUAACCGCCUGCAGGCUCGGAGCAGCUGCCCUGGCCCUCUGGACUCCAGUGCCUUCCUGAGCUCUGAUUUCCUCCUUCCUGAAGACCCCAAGCCCAAGCUCCCACCCACUCCCGCAUGCCCACCCCUCCUCCAAUACCCCAGCCCUGCCAAGGGGCUUGGCCUGGAGCCCAGUGCCCCACCUCCUUUCCCUCCCAUUGCUCCACUGCCUGCUAUGCUGCAGCAAGAGCCUCUCUUCUCUCCCAGAUUCUCUUUCCCUCCUGUCCCUCCUGCCCCGGGACUGUCCCCACCGUCUGCUCCCACGGCCUUUUCACCCACCCCCCCGCUGGGUCCAGGCCCUGCCCCCGCCCCCUUCCCCGUAGACCUUCUACCCUCGGGGUACUCAGAGCCCCCGUUUGGGCCUCACUUCACCGUGCCCCAAGGCACGCGACCCAGAGGCAAGCCCUCUACCCAGUCCCCCAGGGGACGGAGACCCAGCCCCCCGACCUUGGCCCCUGCCACUGCCGGGGGCAACAAUCCCUGCCUCGCACAGCUGCUCACAGCAGCCAAGCCUGAGCAAGCCCUGGAACCUGCGCUCGUGUCCAGCGCCCUCCUCCAGUCCCCAGGGUCCCCGCAGGAGAUAACCCCCGAGUUCCCCUGCACCUUCUUUCCCCCGACCCCGGCCCCUACACCGCCCCGACCACCUCCGGGUCCAGCCACAUUGGCCCCUCCCAGGCCCCUGAUUGUCCCCAAAGCGGAGCGGCUCUCGCCCCCAGCACCCAGCGGUGGUGAGCGGCGGCUGUCUGGGGAGCUCAACGCCCUGCCGGGCCCGGGGACUCUGAGCAUGUGCAUCUCUUCCCCUCAACGCAUCGUAAGCCGGGGCCAUCUGGACAACAAGACCGAAAAUCGGCGCAUCACACACAUCUCUGCGGAGCAGAAGCGGCGCUUCAAUAUCAAGCUGGGGUUUGACACUCUGCACGGGUUGGUGAGCACGCUCAGCACCCAGCCCAACGUCAAGAUGAGCAAAGCCACCACGCUGCAGAAGACGGCCGAGUACAUCGCCAUGCUGCAGCAGGAGCGAGCCGCCAAGCAGGAGGAGGCCCAGCAGCUCCGGGACCAGAUCGAGGCGCUCAAUGCCGCCAUCAACCUGUGCCAGCAGCAGCUGCCUGCUACGGGAGUGCCCAUCACACACCAGCGGUUCGACCAAAUGCGAGACAUGUUCGAUGACUAUGUCCGGACCCGCACACUGCAUAACUGGAAGUUCUGGGUAUUCAGCAUCCUCAUCCGGCCUCUGUUUGAGUCCUUCAAUGGGAUGGUGUCUACGGCAAGCCUGCAGAGCCUCCGCCAGACCUCACUGGCCUGGCUGGACCAGUACUGUUCCCUGCCAGCUCUCCGACCAACUGUUCUGAACUCCCUACGCCAGCUGAGUACAUCUACCAGUAUCCUGACGGACCCAGACUGUAUACCCGAGCAAGCCACACGGGCAGUCACAGAGGGCACCCUUGGCAAAUCUUUAUAGUGCUGGCCGGACUGUGCUGCUCACUCAGCUGCCCUGGGGCUGCUCUCCCUGGGCACUCCCCUCCUGCUCCAGGUCCUGGCUGUCAAGCAGGGUUUCUUCUGAUCUCCUGGGAGCCGGGAAGAACUGAGGUCCAGUCCCUGCUCUACUAUAGCAACAAUGCUGUGACCUGGGGAGCUCAUCUUCCCUCUUUGGACCUCCAUUCUCCAGUCUGAAAAAUGGGGACAGGGAAGCUUCAAGUAGAAGAGGAUCCCAAGGCCUUAGCAGCUGUGGCGCCUGGGGGCCUAAGCUGGCAACUCAGGGAGUUUGAAAGAGGGAAGGGGACGCUUGUCACUCCCACCUGCUCCCCCCCACAGGUCAGGCACAGGCCUCUGUUUCUAAGCCGGGAAGGAGAAAAGGAGGUUCCUUCUCUCUGCUCCUCCACGGGUAGCCUGGAGGGGCUGCAGGAUGGCAUCCCUGAGUGAGGCCAGGAAGGUCUGAUCCCAGGAGAGAGCAGGGCAGGGGGUGGCCAAGCCAGGGGAGGCAUCUGGUAUGUGUGUGGAUGAGUGUGUGUGGAUUUUAUAGAGAA